AUGACCACGUCGGGUAAUGACAAGACCCCCGCGGUAGAACCCCAUGACGAUCAAGGAAUCCGUCUCUACGUGAACGUUCAUCCUAGGGUUUUUAUUCUACCCACUGUGGGGGCUUUCUUAGGCCUAGGAACUGGCAUGAUUCAGGGUGCUAGAGCAGCGCAACUGCGAUAUCUGGCUGAAAAUGCACAUAACCCGCCGCGAACGGUGCAAGGCUGGUACUUUUACAACAAGACGAAAAACUACCGGAUGAUGUGGGCCGGACUGCGAGAAGGAGCAAAGACUGGAGCAAAGGUGGGCUCGUUUGGACUGCUGUGGGGUGGAAUUGAGGAAGCUGUCCUUCGGAUCGCUCCCGGGAUGGAACCUGUCAAGGAGCUGAUUGCGGGGACAAGCUCUUCUAUGCUAUUUGCAGCAGCGGGCCGUUUGAAUCUGCAUGGGAGCGGACGGAUUGUGAUCCUGGGGACGGCAAUGGGUGGCGCAAUGAGCCUUGUGCGCAAGGCGCAGGAAAAGGUCGGGGACAAGAUCAAAGAGGCAAGAACGCCCUAA